UGUCCCAGUGGCGAGACCAGAUGUGCUUCUAUUAUUAUCACUGCCCAUAUAGCGCCGACUCAUUUCAUAUCGACAUCUGGUAUCAUCGCAACAUCCCACACAGUGUACUCUCUUCCUUUGAAACCCAAAAGGAUUGAGCUCGGGUUCCCCUUUUCACAACAGGCUUCCGGACAUUAAAUACAGUCUGCAAUGGGCCUCCCCUACUCCAAACAAAUCCACCACGCCUUCGACCAGGUAACCCCGCUCGUGGCCGCCGGCUUCCGCGUGCUCGAGACCUCGCGCGACAUCGCCCUCCUGGUCGCCUUCAUCCAGGUCCUGACCUGUGUCUUGCUCUUCCUCAUCCUGGUCGUUCUGCUCGCGCUGCUGGUCACGGUCAACCCGGAUUUGGAAGUCGAACGCCGCGUCCUGGUCACGCCUUGUGUACAGUGGCUAGCGGCGUGGGUGCGGGAACCGGAAGAUAGGAAAUGGCUGGAAUUCGUGGCAUUUGCGGUGGCUGGGGGUGUGGUCUUUGGGGCGUGGGCCGGGAGUGCGGUCAUGCAGGAGUCGGGGGAAACCGAGACCAAGAGGGCAAGGGGGCUGAUGGUGCAGCACGAGGAGGAGGAGGUUGUGGUGGAGGAGGCGGUGGGGGUUGUGGAAGGCGCUGGUCCGGGCUAAGGGAGGGAGGUUAACUGCAAGAUCUCUGCCCUAUAUCGACCGUGAGGGCAAGCUGGACCAUGUCAUUUUGAAAGAAAAAUCCGCAUCCGUUCAACUUGACAUUGAGAUGCAGUUUUGUUUUGAAAAGGAGAAGGCUUAUUUCUAAGCCACUGUCGGGCAAUAUCAGGC